GACAUUAUUUUUUUACUCUCACAUCUGAAUAGAUUAAAACAAAAUAAUUAUUUAAAACAAAAUAGUAUUUUUUUAAUAUUUAUUAAUAAUAGAAACAAAACAAAAAAAAAAUAAAGCAAUGAUCUAUGAAUCAUCAUAUGAAAGUGGACGUAUACCAUUUGUGCCCAAUGUAAAUCGUGGCCAUUGGGCCAAGACCUGUGAUUUUAUAUUUGCUGGCCUGGGUCUGUCCUAUCGCAUGGAUAUUUUUCUAUUAUUUAUACAAUUAUCAGAAAAAGUAUCAGUUACUUCCCUUUUACCGGCCUUCGCCUUAAGCUUAGCUCUAUAUACGGUGCCACUUUUGAUGGUCCAAUCGUUUAUGGGCCAAUUUUCCAGCAGUGGUUUUAUAUCAGCAUUUCGUAUAUCGCCCAUAUUUAAAGGCAUUGGUUACGUUUCCCUAGCUUUAAACGUAUUGGUAUUGAUCUUUUAUAGUCUAUUUGCCAUGAUACCGCUGGUAUAUUUGAUUGGCUCAUUUAAUCCACAAUUACCAUGGUCUUGUGAAGGUAACUACAGUUGGGUUGAUUUUUGUAACCCAAAGGCAGAUAGUAAGGAAACCGAGGAAUAUAUGUAUUUCUCCCAAUUUUUUAAAAUUCCUUCGAAUGCAUAUUUUGACACUAUUUUUCAAAAUGUUAAUAUAUUCGGCUUGCAAUUAACCCUAUCCUGGCACCUGAUCAUAUCGGCAAUUUUUAUUUGGAUCAUUAUUGCUGCAGUGGCGCAUAAAAUUACAAAUAUUAGCAAGAUAGGCCAAAUAAUACGCUAUUCGGUUAGUAUCGUUUUUAUUAUAUUGAUUCUACUGAUUGUACGCUUAAGUUUUAUACCCGGUGUCGGUGAGGUCUUCUCCGAUAUAUUCACACCAAAUUGGCAUGAUUUUAUCGAUGGCAUAAAGUCUAUACCAAAUUAUGGUAUUUCAGCAUUUGGUCCAGGUUGGGGUUUAAUUUUAACGUUGGCCAGCUUUAAUAAGUUCAAUACAAAUAUAAGAUACACCAGUUGGUUAAUUGGUGGUGGUCAUAUUUUAAUGAUAAUUCUGUUUAGUAUAUUGGAGCUGUUGAUAAAGGGUUGUGUUAGAUUAUUGACUCAUGAAGGUUUUCAUAGAGAUUCGAAACCCUACCUUUCUUUAUAUUUGACUGGUGGCAGUGUCUUUGCUUCUAUGCCCUGGGCUAAUUUUUGGUCGAUCCUAUUCUAUUUUAUGUUAGUUCUAGCGGGAGUAACAUUAAUGAUCAUCCAAUUAAACAUUAUUUCGUACAGCAUUUAUGAUGAAUUUAUUUCAUUGAGAAGAAAAAAUGUCACCCUGGUUCUAGUAGGGGCAAUGGCAAUAUGUUCAUUAUAUUUUGCCACUGAGCAUGGCUAUGAGAAUUUCUUAUUUUUAAGAUUCGAUACCCUGGUAACACAAUCAUUAAUUGAUUUACUAGUAAUUUUGGCAGUUUUGUGGGUUUAUGGACGUGAACGAUUUCAACGUGAUUUAGAAUUUAUGAUUAAUGAACGUUUUGCCAGCUGGAAAAUUUUUGCUUUAAGAUUUUUAGCUCCCAUAGUACUAUUAAUUGCCUUGGCUGAAGGAAUAUUGGUGUCAUUAUUUCAUAGUUUCUUUGGCAAAACUUCCAUUACAAUUUUCAAUUUAUUGCUAAGACCCCUGCCUUGGCUGUGUGUACCCGGUUAUGUUAUUUAUUGUUUGUUGAAAUCCAAGGGACCAUUUACAGCCCGUCUGCUGAAAAGUGCUAGACCCACCGAUUGGUAUCCGGUUGAGAUGGAGGAUCGCCAGAAGUAUGAGAAUGUUGUUAAUAAUGCCAAUAUGACACAUCCUCUGAAUGUUUUAGAAGAUGACGAUAAUAUAUGAUAGUUAUUCAAAAUUGUAACAUUAGUAUCAAAUUAUAAUUAGCAAUAUAUCAAAAAAAAUGUUUUUUCCAACUUAAA